UUCCUCGAGCUUGAGAGAUUUGCUCGUACAUGUAUAUGCAUCUUGUGAAUAAGCCAGGUCAUUGUACAAUUGUGGUUGUCCGAGUCGAGUCGUUGCGGCGGCUGCUGCUGGCCAGAUGUCCGCGAAAGCCAAAUGUCGACAUGUCCUCGGCAAGCAGCUGAUAGUCGUUACACCAUGGUCUCCUCGGAGAAUGACUUCUUAUCUCCGGAUGCUGACCUGAGAUCUAUGGACAGUGGUGAAGUAGGUGACUCAGGCUUCUAUGCACUGCUCCAGGCUAAUCCAGGCCAGGCUGCAGAGUUUUUUUACCUACAGCUGCGCCGUACAGACCUUGUCAGGCAGCACCGGCAAAAGCUGCGCAAGUACAGUAACUGCUUCUGCUCGUCUGAAAUCCUGUCAUGGCUUGUAUCUACCGGACACUUGCGGACACGUGCCGAAGCAUUGGCGGCAAUGAAGCAGCUGCACAGUCAAGGUUACAUUUCUGCCGUUGCUGAUGACAACAAAGACUUUGAAGAUGACGACUUGCUCUACCAUGUUUGGGCCCCUUCACAAGGAAAGGGUAAAGAAGAGUCCGGCAUGAAUCUGAGCAAGAUAAAGCGGCAACUAUCAUUCCUCAAGAAGGAGUCAGGUUCAAUUCGGCUGCGAAACAGUGUGGGCAGAUUACCGCAGUGGUGUUGCGUCACCGCACUCAACCCAGACACCAAAACCUCGGACCCAGCACUUCAUCGUACAGCGGCAAUUUACUUCUGCUAUUGGCUGCAUCGCGAGCUUCAUGCAAUGAAGAUGAUCCGCAGUCGACGCUGGGGCUUAGACAGUACGGUGUAUCCAGUUUGCUUCAUUGCCAAAGAAGUGGUGUCGCUUCUAGUCAAUUCCAAGUGUACCGAUACUCGCGCAGGUGCUGUGGCAGCCAUGGAGACCCUGCGUGAUUACAAUCUCGUGCACCAUGUUGUCAAGGAGCACCACUUCAAGGAUGAAUUCCUCUUCUUCCGAUUUAAGUGUGACAGUCCGUCUCGAAAGCAGAGCGAGAUCAACCCUGAGCUUGACUCUCUCAACUUCCUGAGGGCACAGAACAUCUCCGUAGCAAAUGCACUGUGUACGUAUGAAGUUCAGGCGCAUAUCGGUGCACAGCUGCUUGCACUUGCCAAUCAGCACUGCAAACCAGUAGAUAACGCUGGCAACAGUUGCUACUAUGACAAGAAUGAACUUGUCAAGGCAUACCUCGAGCAAAGUGGUGACGAGAAGCCAGCAUUGGUACCACGAGCCCUGGAGCGCCUUCGUAAAUAUGGCCUCGUUGACAUUCUGGAGCCAUCUCCUGGCAAUGAUGGAAUUGAUGUUUGCACGUUGCAGUUCACAAGGAAAUGUAACCUGCAGCUACGGAAAUCAGCAGGCAGCAAUAGCACUGAUGGCUCAUCACAGGAUGAUUCGUACCUUGAUUUUAGCAUGGAUGGCGAUGAUAGAUGGUGCUUACUCUUCGACAUGGUCACGGUCUCUGCACGUAUUUUCGCCACUUGCUAUGCCGCCGGCUUAGCGGAAUCAGUCCAAGAAGCAGAGGGCACAAUUGCGUUUAAGGCAGUGAACAUCGUUCAGUGCCUGGUAGCCACGGACAAGCUCGGGGACAUGAGCCGCACUGAAGCUAUUGGCAUCAUGCACUACCUAUACCAGUACGGCUUGGUGAUAUCGCAAAACGAUCUCAACAUCGUUGCAGACUUCGCUGAUGAUGACACUCUCUAUACAUUCCGAGCGGACGCUGAGGCCAGGUCGUGUGGCAUUGCUGGAGAGUCUGGGCCAAACAGCCUCGGUGAAGACUACGAUCCACGGAGCUUGUCUAGAAGAAGCUCGGUCACCCCCGCAGCACGUCGGAUGUCUGAUGUUACCACCUGUAUCGUGGAUCUUCCCCGCCUCAUACCGCUGCCAGGUAAUGCCAACACUAAUCUACAGCGAAGUGAAAUCGUCACCCUUGCCAAUGCUCUUCACCUCAAAUGGAAGGCUGACAAGAUUGUUAAGGACCGCCGCUACAAGUUCCGUGUCUACCCACAGUGUUUCAUCGGCAAAGAUGUUGUCGACUGGCUUAUCAAUGAGGGUUAUGCUUCCAAUCGUUUGGAGGGCUUGGCUAUAAUGCGCUCUAUGGAAAAAGAGCAAUUAGUGGGCCACGUGUGCACUGAUCAUCCGUUCCGGGACGAAAUGCUUUUCUAUCGUUUCUCUGGUGAAGCUGCUGGUCGUCGAAGUAGUGGCACUUUCUCAGAGAGCAUCAGCCCUGGAAUCAGUGUGGGAGUGAAUGCCUGUCGGUCAUUGCUGCGCCGCACCGCCUCCAGUGCAAGCAUGUUCUCCAAUGAGAGUGUCUACACCACUAAUAGUGCAUUCACCUCGCCACUGAAGUCGGGCAUCAGUGCAAGCAGCCUGAAGACCGCCGGGGAUGGUGACUCUUCUUCUCUGCAUGCCUCAUCCAGCACUGAUCGCCCGUGCAAUACUGAUUUGCUGAAGCCUCUUCAGCAAGACUCUACGCCUGCAGAUGUUGUGACGUCGCUCGGUGAGCUCCUGCGACUGCAGCUGCACAAUAGUGAAGUUGUGCGCUCUGUGCGACAGGGCAUCCACAACUACCGCUCCGCGUUCCUUGCACGGGAAGUAGUUGAUUGGCUCGUUGAUGGUCAGCAUGCCAUGACUCGUAGCGAGGCGAGCACCAUGAUGACAGCAUUGGUCAAACACGACGUCAUCCACCACGUUCAUGAUAAGCAUGACUUCUCUGACGACAACACUGUGUUCCGCUUCAGGCAAGAUGAGCUCUCCCAGCAGCAGGACAGGCCAGUGUCUGCAGCCUCAACGGCAAAGCCUGUUGACACGGCCGCUUGUGACUUGUACCAGCGUCUCUGCCUCCAUUCUACCGUCAUGCUGAAGUCACGUAUUAACCUCGGCCGCAGCUACCCAAGCUGUGUUACUGGCACCGAGCUUGUCAAUUAUCUGACUCGCUUCCACGAGGAUUUUGUCAACCAGCGACCAGAAGCUGUGGUGUACUGCCGCGACCUUCAUCAAUCUGGCGUUAUUGCCCAUGUUCAAGGAGGCCAAGCAUUCAAGGACUCCAGCACUCUCUAUUUCUUCGCCGAAGAUCCUGAGUGGGUUGAUGGGCCAGUGAAGGCUAACUUUGGCACCAUUAAACGGCGGACAGUGAGUUACAACGAGCAGUCUGCCCUGAAAGGUCACCGCGCCCUCAAGCAGACAUUCUCGACUGAUGCAGCCGGCGCCACGACAAGCAGUAUACCAAUCCAGUUCAGAAGUACACUGGUGACAGGAGGUGGUCUUGAUCAGCCGCCUCCUCUUCCUCCUACCAACUCCGCUGUGCUUCCUUCUAUCGAUAUACUCAGCACUUUCUCUGGUGACAGCUACUGUGACAGCAUAUACGAAAGUGUCUCAUUCCGUUCUAAAACUGUUCUAUCAGCGGAGUCAUUAACAUCAGAGACCUCCAAAGGUGCUCUCCCGAGUCCGAGUAUGUAUGCAAAGCCAACACAUCUGCAGAACACGUCCGAUAAUGACCUGAGUUGCGAAGAUCCCGAGGAAACAUCAAGCCUUUACGAACACCUUCCCUCUCCUAGACGUGAAGGUAUUACGGCACCAGAGUUUGUGGAUGAGCGUGAAGACCAUACCGACUUGGACUUCAAUCACGCCGGCUAUUUGCGGCCAAGUGAGAUGUUGGAACUGUACCAGAAGGCAUCUGCUGCUGAAUCUGCUGCUGAAUCUGGUGAAUAUGGAACAUAUCAGCAAGCAUCCGAGAUACAAGGCCUGGAAAUUGAAGAACCACUGUAUGACAGCGUCAAGACCAAGUAAGGUGUUGUCUUGCCAAUUAUGGCGGUCAGAACACAAACACAUGAUCUUUGCUCAAUAUUUGCUUCCACCUUUUUCCACUCUCUCUCUCUCUCCCUCUUUGUCCUCCACCUCACUAGCUACAUGCUGACAGAUCACUUUAUUCUCUCAUUUUUACAAUACAUGUCAUGUACUUGUUGAAGUACUUAGAUUCCAUUUGGCACUGACUUCGAAUGAUAGUUCUUAGAAUUGUGCUGUUGCAGUAACGCAACAAGAAUGGCUAAUGAGAGUAUCAGAUUUCUGCAUAACUGAUAUGGAACUAUAUCUCUUUGUUGACAGUUUUGUGUUUUGUUGUGCUGGCAUGCAUACACACAAGCACACACACAUACCCACACACAGCAUGCAUGACUGUGAAUGCAAGGUAGCUCGCAUUGAAAUUAAACCUGCUUGAAUUCACCUCUACCUUUCCCGCGUAUUAGAUUUAUCUGCGUACAAUACUUGUACCGGUACUUGUUACCGGUAUGCAUUUCAUUUUACCCCUUUUGUUAGUUUGUUGUCUUGAGUUAGUUCCUGUAGGCUGUUCCUGUAGGCUGUGGACAUGUCUUUCAUUGACUCGAAUAUCAACUUCUCCCUUGUUCUAUCCUCGAGUAUGAGCCAGCGAUGUUAUCCCAUUAUUUUCACAACGACUUACUCAUUAUACUAGGAGCGGUACUACUUCAACAUGCAACAAGUAACUUGUGUGCCUACUUA